AUGGACCUGGCGUUCAGCAGAGAAUUGGCUAAGGAUAUUGAGAUGGUGACAGAGAGAGUUCCAAGGCCUGAGCAGUGGAGGUAUACCUCUCUUUGGAGAUCACGCCCCGCCCCCCGCCCAGGGUGUAUACUGCCCAACUGCACCACUGUAACCAAGUUCCUCCUCCUGGGCUUCUCUGACACUCGGGAGCUGCAGAUCUUACACUUUGUCACCUUUCUCGCAACAUACCUGGCAGCUUUGGUGGGGAACCUCCUUGUUAUCACUGUUGUAACAACAGACCACCACCUCCAAAGCCCCAUGUACUAUUUUUUGGUAAAUGUGUCCAUCCUUGACCUUGGCUCCAUCUCAGUGACCAUGCCCAAAUCCAUGUUUAACUCUUUAUUGAACACCAGGCAGAUAUCCUGUGCUGGAUGUAUAUUCCAGGUCUUUCUCUUCUUGCUGUAUUGUGCAGCUGAUGUUGCCUUCCUUACCAUCAUGGCAUAUGACCGGUACAUUGCCAUCUGCAAGCCACUGCAUUAUGACAUCAUAAUGAACAGGAGAGCCUGCAUCCAGAUGGCUGCCUGUGCUUGGGCUGCUGAUGUCAUCUACUCUGCACUGCACACUGGGAACACCUUUAGUCUACCCUUCUGCCACUCAAAUACCAUCAACCAGUUCUUCUGUGAAAUACCUCAGCUGCUCAAGCUCUCCUGCUCUAACACAUACCACAGAGAGCUGGCAGCUCUUGUCUUCAGUGUGUGUUUAGGUUUAGUCUGUUUUGUUUUCAUCGUUGUGUCGUAUGUUCAGAUCUUCACCGCAGUUUGGAGAAUCCCCUCUGAGCAGGGCCGGCAGAAAGCCUUCUCCACCUGCAUUCCCCACCUUAUUGUGGUCUCCCUGUUCCUUUCCACUGGUAGCAUUGCCUACAUGAAGCCCAUCUUUGACUCCCUGUCCCCUCUGGAUCUCCUGGCAGCUGUUCUGUAUUUUGUGGUGCCUCCAUUGAUUAAUCCGGUCAUCUACAGCAUGAGGAACAAGGAGAUCCAGGCUGCCCUGAGGAAACUGCUCCACAGGCUGAUCAUCUCCAGGAACAAUAUGCUCUGA